AGAGUUGACUGUCAGUGAAAAGCUCCUAGUUGGAAAUACGACAGCAGAAAGAGAAAGGGUUUUGCCGAGAGAAAUAUGUUUAUUUGAUUAAAGAUACCCUGCGUAUAUAAAAUUUAAGACACGAGUAAAAGCUGAUCACGUUCUGCCAGAGUGAAAGAUGCGAAAAAUCCGUUCCACGGUCGCUGUUUCACCCGGUCAAUAGGAGAGUGAACACACUCAGAUGUCAACAAGAGAAAAACAUGGCUUCGCCCUUGAUCCGGUGCUUCUCAAAGGUUGGUAGGCAGGGGUCCCGACCAUGGAGUGUGUGCCAACAGGGGCUGCGAAACAGAUCCACCCGACCAGACAUGUCUGCAGAGCAGGCUGCUGCUCCGGGGGUCUCCUACCCUCCACUACAGACAUAUUCUGAGGAGGAGGGGAUGAUGAGGGAUGCUGUGAACAAGUUUGCACAGGAGCGUCUUGCCCCGUUUGUGUCGAAGAUGGACGAAAACUCUCUCAUGGACCCGGAAGUGAUAAAGUCACUCUUUGAACAGGGGCUGAUGGGCAUAGAGAUCGACCCGGAGUACGGAGGCACCGGUUCCACGUUCUUCUCCUCCAUCCUGGUCAUUGAGGAGCUGGCCAAAGUGGACGCCUCUGUGGCCGUGCUGUGUGACAUCCAGAACACCCUCAUCAACACGCUGUUCACCAAGCUGGGGACCGCAGCCCAGAAAGAGCGUUAUCUCAGCCGGCUGUCAACAGACAUGGUUGGUAGUUUCUGCCUGUCAGAAGCAGAGUCGGGGAGCGAUGCCUUCUCUCUGAAGACGCGUGCUGACAAACACGGAGACUAUUACGCCAUCAACGGCUCCAAGAUGUGGAUCAGCAACGCAGAGCAGGCCGGGGUGUUUCUGGUGAUGGCCAACGUGGACCCGUCUGCUGGUCACAGAGGUAUCACCUGCUUCAUCGUGGACAGAGACACAGAGGGGCUUCAGAUCGGCAAGAAGGAGAACAAACUGGGUCUGAGAGCUUCUUCAACCUGUCCUCUCAACCUGGAUAAUAUCAAGGUUCCUGAGAAGAACGUCUUGGGUCAGAUCGGCCACGGAUACAGGUACGCCAUCGGCAUGCUGAACGAGGGCAGGAUUGGGAUCGCCGCUCAGAUGCUGGGGCUGGCUCAGGGUUGCUUCGACCAGGCCGUUCCCUACACCAGACAGAGGGUUCAGUUUGGCAAACGCAUCUUCGACUUCCAGGCCAUGCAGCACCAGAUCGCCCAUGUAGCCACCCAGAUAGAGGCUGCCAGGCUGCUUACCUACAACGCUGCCCGGCUGAAGGAGGCAGGACGACCUUUCAUCAAGGAGGCCUGCAUGGCCAAGUACUUCACCUCAGAGGUGGCAACGUUGACCACUUCAAAAUGCAUCGAGUGGAUGGGAGGGGUAGGCUUCACCAAAGACUACCCUGUUGAGAAGUACUACAGAGAUUGUAAAAUAGGUACCAUUUAUGAGGGCACAACCAACAUCCAGCUGUCCACCAUGGCCAAGUUUAUAGACAAGGAGUAUGAUCACUGACCUCCUGACCUGGUCUGAUCGUAUCCUCAUCGUGUAGACUGACCUCCUGACCUGAUCUCCUGACCUGGUCUGGCUGUUUCCUCAUCGUGUAGACUGACCUCCAGACCUGAUCUCCUGACCUGGUCUGGCUGUUUCCUCAUCGUGUAGACUGACCUCCUGACCUGGUCUGAUCGUAUCCUCAUCGUGUAGCCUGACCUCCUGACCUGAUCUCCUGACCUGGUCUGGCUGUUUCCUCAUCGUGUAGACUGACCUCCUGACCUGAUCUCCUGCCCUGGUCUGGCUGUUUCCUCAUCGUGUAGAUUGACCUCCUGACCUGAUCUCCUGCCCUGGUCUGGCUGUCUCCUCAUCGUGUAGACUGAUCUCAUGCCCUGGUCUGGCUGUCUCCUCAUCGUGUAGACUGAUCUCCUGACCUGGUCUGGCUGUCUCCUCAUCGUGUAGACUGAUCUCCUGACCUGACCUCCUGCCCUGGUCUCCUGACCUGAUCUCCUGACCGUAUCCUCAGCAUGUAGACUGACCUGACCUCCUGACCCGACCUCCUGACCUGAUCUCCUGACCUCCUGACCUGACCUCCUGACCGUCAUACACUCCUCUUUGUGACCAACUGGAUUUGAUCUGUCGUUGUUGAACUGUUGUGGGAUUUAGGGCUCUAUUCAAUCUGAAUGGUUGGAAGUUCAGCAUUUUACAGCAUGAUAUGAACAUUUUAAAGGCUUAGUGGAGACCGUAGACAACCUGUACCACUUCAGCCACCCAGACUGAAUAGAGCCCUUAGUGUCAGACAUUACUGUAGAGGUCAAUGGUGAACCACUGCUGACUAUAUAGUACUAGAGGAUGCUCCAUUAUCAUGUUCACUUCGUCACUGUAUCUGAUGCUUUCCACUAUGGAUGGAUUAAUGGUUACUGGUUCCAGACCUGGAGAUAGAUAGUGUAACGUAGCUCUGGUGUGUUGGUACAACUGUUUCCAGACCUGUGUAAAGUAGCUCUGGUGUUUUCAACUGUUUCCAGACCGGUUGAUAGAUAGUGUAACCUAUCUCUGGUGUGUUGGUAUUGUUCAGUGUCUUCAACUGUUUCCAGACCUGUAGAUAGAUAUGUUAGUUACACUAUCUCUGGUGUGUUGGUACAACUGUUUCCAGACCUGUUGAUAGAUAGUGUAAAGUAGCUCUGGGGUUUUCAACUGGUUCCAGACCUGUUGAUAGAUAGUGUAACAUAUCUCUGGUGUGUUGGUAUUGUUGUGUAUUCAACUGUUUCCAGACCUGUGUAAAGUAGCUCUGGGGUUUUCAACUGGUUCCAGACCUGUUGAUAGAUAGUGUAAAGUAGCUCUGGUGUUUUCAACUGGUUCCAGACCUGUAGAUAGAUAUGUUAGUUACACUAUCUCUGGUGUUUUGGUAUUGUUCAGUGUAUUCAACUGUUUUCCCCUUACUUCCAGAAUGUUCCACCUCAGUACCUUGUUCUUUUUUUUACAAACGAAUAAGAAUAAGAAUACAUUACAUUACAUUUAAGUCAUUUAGCAGACGCUCUUAUCCAAUUCAAUGAUUAUUUACUCAUCUGAUUUUAAAUAGUCUCAAAUCAAGUGCCUUUUAUCCCAGCAUAGUUUGUUGUUUAUUUUGUAACGCCAUAAGAUAUAAUAAGAUAUAAUAUAAUCCCUCUGUUUUAGAUGUCGUCUGUUGGGUGGUUUUGGCUCUACUGUUGUCACGGUAACCAUGUUUACUUCGGUGGACUAGAUCCAUCCGGUCUUUCAGCGCCUUUACUUUGUUUUAAAGAUAUAUCUGGGGAAUUAGUUUCACACAACCGGAAGAGAUUGUCAACGUUUUUUACUAUUCAUCAACUUCUUUGACCAUACUAAUAAAUAUUGAAUAAGUGUUUUUAA